AUGGCACCCUCAACGUUGCCCACCUCCGACUUCGUUGAACGCCAGUUCCUCGACUAUCUGUCAAGUGUACCGGCAUACAAGGCUGGGCAGAUCCUCGGUCUGCAAGGGCCCAACAUGGACUUCGCGACCUUCGCAAGCUCCAUGGUCGCUGGUAUUCCUCCCCAGUAUUUCAAUCAGCCACCACCUGUCGUUAAUGGCACCCGAUUUGUGGUCCAUGAUGGCAAUCUCACGCUGUUCACCACUCCGGUCUCGACCCCUAAGGUGAAUUGGCCUUCCGAGAAUGGCCCCUCGCCUGCCAAAUCGCUCCCCGCUGCGCCUCCAGUUAUUCGACCUGCGACUCGUCGGCGAUCCCUGAAUAGCUUCAUGAUCUUCCGCAGCUUCAUUGCUCCUCUGUUCCAUGGAAUCAUGCAGAAACAGAAGUCAGUUGCCAUCGCCAACCUCUGGGCCUCAGAGCCACUCAAAGCCCAGUGGUGCGUCAUGGCGAAGGCUUACACUAUGCUUCGGGACAAUUUUGAUCUCCAAGAAAUGUCGCUGAGCGAAUUUACUGCAACCGUGGCUCCCAUGUUUGGGAUCCCUUCUGCAAUGCAGUACAUCACCAUGCUUGGCUGGGAGAUCUCCGAGUUCGAUCUUCCCGACGGACAGAAAAGCUUCGACGUGACCAAGACCUGGGACUCUGACCUGAGCUCUCUCAAUCUUCAGCCUGUGUCUGUUGAGAACAUCCUUACCCAUUACCGAGACGUUUUCGAGUUUGUUCUCAAGGACGGAUCUGCCUGGCCACUUCCCCAACAGGGGUACUCGGCGCUGGCACUCAACACGCAGCACCAGACUGCAAAUUCUCAGUCCCUUCCCGAUCCCUUCGGUUGGUUGUUCAACCAUCUCGGGGAGCGUCAAGAUGGUCCUGUUGAGGAGUUUUCUUUGGAUGAUAUGUACGAUGAACCAGACCCCGCAAUGGAUCCCAUCCAAGAUCUCCUCUACGUCCCUUCGCCCGAGGGGCUGUCCCUCGGGUCUCAGAUCGAUGAGAUUCAGCUCGCCAAUGAGCUUGAACAACUCUUCCCUGAAAUCGGUCUCUUCCAAACUUGA